UCUGGCUUGUGUGAAUGUGGGAGUCUUGAGACAGUAGGGUAUGUUUUCCUAGAAUGCAGAAAGUAUAGGGCAGAAAGAAAUAUAUUCUUUGUUAAACUGGCAGGACUUGGUGGAGUUAAGGCUUUUUCUCUUUAAUCUUUGUUUGGACAAACUGACGAGCAUAAACUGAUCUCCAAGGCAGUUCUUCAGUUCUUGCAUGACACAGGACUGUAUACUGUAAUUUAGUUCAAACUUUGACCUGUGGAGGGCAGCAAUACACUCAGCAGUGCUACACUGCCGGAAUCCCACAAGAAGAACAACAACCAGAAGAACAAGAUUGUUCGUUCAUAGUUUUACUUGGAAACAGUUUUUUGUAAGUAUCAUACAUGCUGCAUCUUCAUAUGAUUGGAUCCCAUGACCACCUGAUCUCUACAAAGAUUUGUAUGGACUCCCUGAUUCUUGAGAGAUAAUUAAGGGAAUUCAUUUAAAAAUAGCAAUGAAUGCCCUGAUUAUAAAGAACUUCAUUUUUAACAUAAAGAGGGCUUUUGUGUGUACUGUGUAGGACACGUUAGGUCCCUUAUCUCUAAAUUCAGUUAACUACAAAGGUCAGGUGGUACAGGUGUUUAAGCACUGAUAUAUAAAGGAAACUCCUUUACAGCUUUGUGCACUACACCCAUACCUGUACUCUCUGUUAUUUGAAACUUACUGCUGAGCAAGAAUAGCUUUUAUUUCUUACGACUACAUUUCCUGAUUUUCUCUCUCUAAACAUCUCAACAAAGCAGCAAUAAUGAGUUCUUGUUCGGGACCAGAAAAUGCCAAAGUUGUAGUGGUAGGUUCAGGUUUUGCAGGUUUGGCUGCUGCAGCCAAGUUAGUGGAGGCAGGAUUUGAAAAUGUCCUGGUUCUUGAGGCAAAGGAAAGAGUUGGAGGUCGAGCGCACACCACUAAACCGUUCAGCGAGAAUGUCAUUGAAGUUGGAGCUAACUGGAUCCACGGGCAGAAAGGAAACCCUCUGUUCAAGAUUGCGAAAGAGGAGAACCUGCUAUCUGAGGGACCUUCUGCACGCAAAAACAUGUGCCAGCCUCGUUCUGUAACUCCUCAAGAUUACUUUUUCAAAGAAGAUGGGAAGCAGGUGUCCAGAAAAGUUGUAGAUCUGGUGAGUUCGUUCUUCAGCAAGCUCACCGAUAAAGCUUUUGAUGAUGAACUCCAGAGCAGGCACAGGAAACUAAGUCUAGGUGCUUAUCUGGAUGAUGCCUUCGGUGAAGCUCCUCUAGCGGCGACAGAGGACGGCCGGCAAGUUUUUGAAUGGUGCAAAAGAAUCGAAUGCACAGAUGAGGCUUGCUCUACCCUCUACGAGGUUUCUGCGUCUCAGAUUAGCAAUUACACUGCUCUAGAGGGAGGAUUUUUUAAUACAUUGGGACCUGGUGGCUAUCAAGCAAUUUUGGAUCUUCUCCUGAAAGAUCUGCCUUCGGGAACUAUCCAGUGUAGUGCACCGGUCAAGAGCAUCCAAUGGGACUUGGUCAAAAAAGGUAGUGGUGAAGAUCAAAGGUAUCCUGUUAAGGUCGUCUGUGAAAAUGGACAGAGCUUUGAGGCAGAUCAUGUGAUUGUCACUGUAUCUCUGGGGGUUCUCAAAGACAAAGCCACAACCAUGUUCGAACCGUCCUUACCGGAGAAAAAGCUGUCUGCAAUUGAGAAUCUUGGCUUUGGGAUAGUGGACAAAAUUUUCCUGUUUUUUGAGGAACGUUUCUGGCCAGACGACUGUUCCGGGGUUCAGCUGGUGUGGAAAGAAGGGCCUGAAGAUAAAGAUGUUUAUGAGUCUCUGUCUGAAGGAGAAACCUGGAAAAAGACGUGGUUCAAGAAGAUCACUGGUUUUGGUACAGUGGCUCGUCAUCCCACGACUCUGUGUGGCUGGAUCACAGGUAGAGAAGCUCUGUAUAUGGAGAAUCUUCAGGACAGUGAAAUCGGAGCUAUCUGUGUGAGGUUGCUCAGGUCUUUCACGGGCUGGUCAGUGCCAGAAGUCUCAAAGACACUGAUCACCAGAUGGGGUUCUGAUUCCCACGUCCGUGGCUCCUAUACAUUUAUUCCUGAUGGUGUCGAUGGAGUAAAAGCACACAAGGCAUUAGCGUCACCUCUUCCCUCUAAAUCUGAAUGCAGAGGCAGGAAGCACCUUCAGGUGUUGUUUGCUGGUGAAGCCACACAUGAUAACUUCUACACCACGACCCAUGGAGCGUACCUCACAGGCGUCAGAGAAGCAGAACGACUCAUAAGCUAUUAUGAAGAUUGAACAUGCAAUGCCAAAAGAAAAGAGCAUAGCCUACACUUUGGUUUCAUGAAGAUAACAUUUUAAGAUCAUAUAACAUUUUAAAGACUUCUUCUCACACCCUAGCCUUCCACAUGUUUUGGUGUUUAAAUGACCCAUAGGUAGUUUAACUGCCUGAAACACAGAGUUUCCGAAUGCUUACAUCCAACUGAUCACAUUCUAUCUCUGUCUGGUUAUUUCUGUCUGGUCAAAUGUUUUACUCCAACAUUUGUUAAUUCUGGUCAUUUGUUAAACUGUGUUAUAUGAUCCGAGGAGUAUUAUUUCCCACACACCAAGCAAUGUUAAAUCUUUUUCUAAUUUGUUUUAUUUAAUUAAGUAUAUUAAAUGAAGUAAAUUAGUGGUCCUCAAUCUGUGAUACCUUGGGUGGUAUGCAGCAUGAUACUGAAAAUGUACACUAUUUAGAAAAUCGUUAUAAAAUUACCUUGAAUAUAUUUUUGAGGGGGAAAUUUGCUAAAUAUAAAAGGACUUUUGCAAUGAGACAGUGCCUCGAUUAAAAUAAAUUGUUAUGCUGGGACUAUCUAUUCAUUAGUGAAUAGUGACGAUUCUCUCUGAACAAUGAGUGGUCUGCAGUGUUUUCAACGCACAUUUUACCACUUCAGCUCGCUCAGAACCUAUGAAAAAAAAAGUACCCGAAAGCAGGUACAAGUGCAACUUUUACAUAGUGGAAAACCAAACAAAGGCGAGUCGAGUCAAGCUGGUACUGUGUAGUGGAAAAGCACCAUAUAAGGGCUUACAUUAAACCAAGGUGAAUGCUUGGAAUUGCAGUGUAACACUAAACAAGACUUUGCAGAUAAGAAAUGAGAAAAACAGGCUUAUAUGGGGUGAGCUAAACAAGAUAAUGAGACAGGUGAAUGUGAUAAUGGAUGAAGAGUCCGGGCAGUGAGUUUUGGGAGAUGAUUGUGAGGGAAUGACAAAAGGCUAAUGUGGAGUGGCACUCCAGUUGGUGACCAGGUGUAUAGGCCUACUCAGUAAUCGUUCCCUUAUUCAUAAAAGCUUAAGCAUUAAAUAAAUAAUUACAGCAAUCUGUCUGUUUAUUAGGAUGACUGUUUUGCAAUUGUGAAGUGUCAUUCUUAAUUGUUUAAAUGUUUUUAAAAUAAAAAUAAGACAGAGAAAAAUAUAA